AUGAAGGAAUCUAGGAAAUUAAAACAAAAAUUUAAUUUAAUUAAAAUACUUAAAUUUGUUCGACAAUUAAUGUGGAUUGUUAGGUUGCCUAUUUUUGAGUAAUUUAGAUAAAAAUUCUUUAAAAUUAUUUUCAUCAUCGGCAAUUAGCAGACACUUCAUAAUAAAGCGAAGCAACAAUUCUUACAAUAAAAAUUGAAGUAAGUAAAUUUUAUAAUAAUAAAGCCUCUUUUGGAGGAGCUUUAAUAAUAUCAGGAAUUAGUAUUCUAAAUAAUAAUUGUUAAUUUACUCAUAAUACUGCUAAUAUUUUAGGUGGAAUCAUUUAUUUUGAUUAGAGAAUACUUCAUUUAUUAAAGAAAAUAAAUUGAUUAAGUAUCGAUAUUUAAAGUUUAAUUAUUUUAUGGAAUACAAAGAGAAUUCAUAGUUUUUAAUUUUUAAUUCUAUCUUUGCAGAUAAUAAAUAAAACAAAUAGGUGGCGCUAUUUUUUUAGGAAAUUACUCUCUUAAUUCUCCAAAAAUUUAAAAAUAAUUAAGAAUUAAUUUUUGGAAAGAAUAUUGCAGAUUCACCAAUAAAAUUAGUAUUAUAAAUAGGGUAGAAAAUAAUAGAAAAUGUUAUAAUAUGAUUAAUAUGGAUUUUUGUCUGAAUUAAUAAUUGAGUGUAAUGAUAUCUGAGAUAUAAAGAAUAUAACAGAUAUAAUAAAAGUUAGUUCAUAUUAAAUUGGGAAAAUUAGUUAAGAUUAUAUAAUGAUUUCAAAUGGAUAAUAAAUAAGAGAUUAUUAAAAUUUUGAUGAAAUAGAACAAUAAUUUAUUCCUUAUAACUUUACUUUUAGGAUAUCUCCAAUAGAUAAAGAAAAUGG